AUGGACAGACUUAAGGGGGCAUGUACCCGUUCACAAACAUCGUCCUUGAUUCUACUCACCAGCAUUCUACAGCUUACAGAGGCUCGUCGUGCCGCUAUUGUCAACGCUACCAAACGUACUGCAGCGGCCGAAGAGACAGCAAAGAAGUUGCAGCAUAUCUUGAAGGAGAAGACACAAAUGGAAAAAGACCUGCAGAAACAACUAGAGCUGUCAAAACAGCGUAUGCAGCUAACGAAGGACCUGAUCGUAACGCUGCAGAAAUUGGGAGAAGGGAAGGCAAAGCUCGAAAGUGCCUCGAAGAAGGCAGAGACCUUAGAAGCAAGGAUAGAAAGGCUGCGUUCCGAGACAGAUGACUUCGAGUCAAGAUACCAGGUAAAUGCACCCCAGUUUCAGAAAGCUAUGCCCGCUGAAGCAGGGGACACAGAGCGCAAAAAAGCAGUAUAA